CACCUUUUGAGUUUCACGUUGCGGCAUACGCUCCACUUGGUCGAAUGUCUCCGUCGGGUCGCCGCGGGAAGUGAGCGCCUCGUAAAAAGUCAGCGUUAUCCGAGCCAUAAAGCAAUUGGGCCGUCAUUAUGCAGCGUUAGCUCGCUUCCUUCCGAAAGCGUCCAGAGUCCACCGGAGCGCCGCUCCGUCAACGUCGACGUCGUCGGCGUCAUUAUCGUCGCCUCUCGCCAUGACCUCCGCCAAGACGCCGAAGCUGGCCGCGUACGAGCUGCUGCAGUUCGCCGCGCUGGCCGUCCCCCCGCUGGCGCUCGCCGAGCGGUUCGCCCGCCUGCUGAGCGACGUGAGGGGACGCGACGACACCGCCUACUGGCUGGCGGUGGCCUCCUCGGUGGCCUACGUGACCUCCUGCGCCCUGCUGGUCUGGGUGCCCCUCAAGUAUCACGUCCUUAGGGGGCGGAGACUUAAGGCCAAGCGCUGGAGACCAACGAUGCUGGCGUAUCUCCUCUUGUGCACGUUACCUUCCUUUGCCAUUAUAAUAGCAAGCUCCCAGGUUCAAGUCAACGCGGGCGUGCGGCUGGACCACUUUGCUGAGUUGCCCGCCUCUUUGGUGAUAUUGGGGCUCAUUUGCGUGGACUUGGUGGAGAGGCUGCGGCCCUGCCGGCUCCUCGGACAAUCUGACAACGUGGACCUUGGCUUUGAGCUACCGGGCCCAGUCCUGACCAACUUAGAAGCGGUCAGCUCCAUCUCCAACACCGUGCACCCCAACGAAAGCCGGAACGGCGUCCCGCCCGAUCGCCGCUCGGCGCCCCCCAACAACCCCGACACCCCCGGCCGGCGUACCGAACCCCCCGCGGGCCGCUCCGCGCCGAUCACCUCCAGAACUCCGGGCCCCGCCUACCUGCACUCGUCCUCGCGAGCCUUCUCGGGCCGCCUGAGCUUCCUGGGGAGGAGCGACGCCAGGUCGGAGUUGUUUGUGGAUUGUUUCCUGUUCUGGUUGGACACGGUGGAGUUGGUGCGGGUGGCGGGCGAGCCGGCCGUCUUCUACUCGGCCUGGGUGUACCCCGUCCUCAUCCUGGCCUUCCUGUCCAGCCUGCGGGCUGUCCUCGCCCCGCAUGGCCCGUUUUCGUCCACGGCAGGAGUGGCCCUCCAGGAUUUUCCUUUUUUGGUCACGCGGGUGUCCCUGCUGGCCGUCUUUGGACCCGUCACGCCCGUCUUGUUCCCUCUGAAGAACGCCCUGGUCAGCCUGACCUUCUUCUACUUCACCUACAUGACCAGGAUGAAGAUAUUCAAGAGGCACAGCAUGUUCUGACCGCGCUCGGGUCACACUUAAAAUAUUCAUCCGAAACGAUGCGACAUUUUUGUACUUUGUACAAACGCCCUCGAAUGCAAGUAAAGGAAGAAUAUUUGGUUCUCAAAAUUUGGGACAGAAUGGGACUCUUCCCGGAAAAACGACAAAUUGAGAAGUCGCAAAUGUCUAAAAAGAACUUAUGUGAAAUAUGUCGAAUUUCAUGACAAACUAAUGGAUGCCGUCUUCUGAAACUAGCCCAAAUUGCCCAAAGUUCCAAUUGAUAAUGACUUAUCAGACCGUUUUCUUCCGUAAACUGCUAAGUGGGUUACGCAACACAAGUAAACGGACGAUAUUUAUUCCUC